AUGCCGUUAGCUACCUCCAUUACGCCCGACGAUGUGAGCGCACCCGUGGAGCCACCCCCACCAAAGCGAGGCAGUACUAGUUUGGAUCCUAUUGUCCUCGACGAGGAUGGCAGCGAAGACGACAAGACCAAGAAGUGGAUACCCAGUCUCAAGAGAAGGCGUGUUUCGCCUAAUCCCGAUAAUCCCUUCACACCACCACGUGCGUUCACCGAUAUCUUGCAAAACGAAUCAGCCGACGCGGAUACAGCACGACUCGAUGAUAAACUUGCGAAAUUACAAGAAGAGUUAUCAAAGCUAGAGUCUGAGAGGCUGGAAAAUACCAGACUGACAGAGGAUAUGACAACACUUUCUAACACACUUGCGGCUACCAAGUCAUCGUUCGAGGAGCAAAAACGCAAGCUCGAAGGUUCAGAGCGGGAUGUCGAGAGGCUGAAUAAGGAACUGAAUUGCGUCAAACUGGAAGUUACUCAAGCAACGAAUACAAGGGAUACUCUCGAGCAAGAAGUGGCUACUCAGCGACAACUGGUGCAAAAGAAAGACGCCGAAAUCGCCAUGACGAAGAAAGAAGUGCAACGCAUAAAGAAACAAGCCAGCUUAUCUACACGAAAUCUUAAGACGGCACGAGCGGAAAGGGCCAAGUCCGACGAAGAGUUGAUGGCACUACGAGAGAAGAUGAGCCAGACCAGCCAAAACUUGAGCACAUUGCAAGCUGAUAAUGAAAAGCUCGUCGCCAGCACAAAUGCAGAAAGCAGGAAGGCGAAAGAGAACGCGCGGCGCUUGGAGCUGAGCCUCGAGGGCAAGCAGAAAGAUUAUGAGAUUGCACAGCUCGAGAAGUCCAGGCUCCAAGAAGACUCUGCUGCUCAAAUAGGGGAGCUCAGCCGCCGAAUCCAAGAUUUGGAAUCAAAGGGGCGUGAGGACGCCGCCGACAUCCAGAAAAUGACAGCGGAACUCGCCAUUGUUAGGCUCCAGGUUUCCAAACUUGAAGCUGCCGAGCUUGACUUACAGCUUGCUGCUCAGCGGAUUGAAGAACUGGAAGUCCAUAUAGACGGAUGCCCUAUCGCUACCAAAACCCAAGAAGAGUGGGACGAGAUAAAUAAGGAAAUUGAGGAGAUGUGUAGGAGGGGGGAAGCGGAAAGACUGAGGCGGGAAUUCGCGGAAAGAGAAGCAUUAGCUUAG